CAUGUCGAAUGUCGAUUGUCAUCGCAUCGCGUCGUUUUCUGUGGGCGGACGCUAGCGAACAAGUGGCGCUGUUAGCUGACUUAACCAAUUUAACUAGUCAAACAACAAUUCUGUGUGUUUUAUGCUACAUCUAUCGUCUUAAUAAACAGUUUAUUUGUGUUUAAAUUUCAGUUAAUAAGUGAUUUUUAAAAGCAACAAAUUAUUUCUUGAUAUAAAGAUUCCAUUGUAAAAUAACUCCGUGGCCAUUCGUUGGCGUUCGGUGAAACUCGUUUGCGAUGUAACCGUGACAUUUGUUUGUGUUUCUAUCUCGCUCUUUUAUCAACGAAGCGGUAGCGAGUGAAGUGGAUGGAUAUAUUUUACCCGCGACUUUUGAAACGUCGCACGAAUUAGGAAUAAUGGGGAGUAAUAAAAAGAUUCUGGAGGAAAUCCACCCGUUGAGUAUAAUCCGGGAAGUACAAAAAUGGCCAGUUUUGUACGCGAAGGAUAGUCCCGAACGCGCCAAUUUGCGAUUUAAACACAAAGUAUGGACUGAAAUAGCAAAGACUUUAUUCACUGACUGGGAUUGUUUCAGUGAUUGGGAGCAGGAAUCCAAAGUUACAGAUUUAAUGAAGAAAUGGCGCAACCUACGCGACACUUUCAAAAGACAUCUAGAAGCAGAGAAGAAGGCUAGAGAAGGACGCGACAUAAGAAGGAAGACUUAUGUUUACUUCAAACACAUGCUGUAUCUCUUACCACAUUCCGCACCUCAAGAAACACCUUCACCUGAUCCCGUAGUAGAGCCGCAACUCGAUGAAUUCUUUAACAGGCAAAACAAAAGAAAAGUAACAGAGGAAAAGAAGAAAGUUAAGAAACGGAAGCGUCUACAAAAUAGACUAGAACACAAAGCAAUAAAAUCUGUCUUAAUUCCAGAAACACAUACAAAAUCUACGGAUAAAGAGGAGAUGAUAGACGAAGAUAAACAUUUUCUUAUGUCACUUAUACCGUCGUUCAAGAAAAUGAGUGACGAUGAAAAAUUGGAAGCGAAAGUUGAGAUUCUCAAAGUAAUUAAAGGCAUACGAAAGAAACCAAUAGAGAACCCUGUGGACUGCCAUUCAGUAGAAGAUUCAUUGUCUUACAAUUUAGAUGAUUCUAAUGUAGGUGAAGUGAAAAUCGAGGCAAUUUCAGGAGAUCCAGAUUACAGUGAACAAUCAGAAAAUAGUAGGAGUUCUGAAUCUGCUGACAGUGAAAUAUCUGAUUAGAUCUAUUUUUGCCAGUCAACAUCUUAUUUAAGUUAUGUUAAAAUUGAGAUAAUUUGAGGUGACUUUGAGUAAAGUGGACAAAGCAAUCGGAAAAGAGAAGUUCCGAAUCUGGUGACAGUGAAGUAUCUGAUUAGAUCUAUUUUUGUAAGUCAACAUCUUAUAUAAGUGAAGUUAAAAUGAAAUAAUUUUGAGGUGACAUUGAGUAAAAUGAACAAAGCAAUCGGAAAAGAAAAGUUCUGAAUCUCGUGACAGUAAAAUAUCUGAUUACUGUUAUAGACAAUAGUAUUUAGUGUUUUAAUUAGACAAUUAUAUUCUGCAAUUGGUUUUAUAUAGCAACGCUUGCACUGAA